AGUAUUGGCCCAGCCCAUUAACAGUUCGGGGGGUUUGCGCUGCUCUUAAAACCUAACAAAACCUCGCUUUCUAUUUGUUCGCGCUACUCGGCUUCUGAGUGCUGGCCAUCGCUCCUCUUGAUCUUCAUCUUGGUGGUGUAUUCAUGAUGCAGACUGGUGAAGCCCCUGCUUCAAUGGAAGUAGAAGCAAUCCCAAAUGGAUUGGGGAUACAAUCUGGAUCUUUGCCAUUGAAGCCAAAGUUUGAGCCUUUGAAGGCUCAUGAGAUGUCUGAUGGUAGAGUUCAGUUCAGAAACGUUUCAGUUCCACCACACAGGUAUUCGCCGCUCAAGAAAGCAUGGAUGGAAAUCUACACUCCAAUAUAUGAGCAGAUGAAGGUUGAUAUUCGUAUGAACCUCAAAGGUAGAAAGGUUGAAUUAAAAACGAGAUCAGAUACACCUGAUGUCAGCAACCUACAGAAGUGUGCGGAUUUUGUACAUGCUUUCAUGCUAGGUUUCGAUGUUGUAGAUGCUAUUGCUCUUUUACGAUUGGAUGAACUAUUUGUGGAAUCUUUUGAAAUCAAAGAUGUUAAGACUCUAAGAGGUGAGCAUUUAUCUCGAGCCAUUGGGAGAUUGUCAGGUAAAGGUGGCAAAACAAAGUUUGCUAUUGAGAAUGCGACAAAAACGAGGAUUGUGAUUGCUGAUACUAAGAUUCACAUAUUAGGAUCUUUUCAAAACAUUAAAAUUGGAAGGGAUUCUCUCUGCAGCCUAAUUUUAGGGUCCCCUGCUGGGAAGGUGUACUCAAAGCUUAGACAAGUUGCUGCUAGACUGGCAGAGACGUUUUAAUCUUUUAUUUAUGUUGUUUUGAGACUGUGGUUAGCUCCAUACUGUGAUCUGUUAUUCUGAGUGGAAGUUUGUCUUUGUAACUUGGCAUGAUUUUUCUGUAUAAGAGGCCUGGUGAGCUACAAAAAUGAUUCAUUAUGAAGGAAAUGAAUAUCAUUUUUUAUGGGUUA